AUGUGGCAUACUUUUCAAAAUUUUCAGGUUCCUCGAGCACUUUCUCUUAUGAAUACAAUGAUAUAUACAAAAGAAAACCCUACUGCAAUAACUAGAAGAAUGUUUAAUCGUUAUGACUUGAAAGUACAUCCAAAUAUGGAUUUGGAACUUCAAGAAGCUCGGAUGAUUUUGUCAACACCUAAUGCUAACUCUCUUGAUAUUACAAGAGAAAAACUCCAAGAUAUUCGUACAAUAUCACAAGAUAAAAAUGGAAAAAAAUCAGGAAAAGAAGCAGAAAAUAUGGAAUUGGAAACGCCAACACCAUUUUCAAAUCAUUUGUAA